GGUCAGUAGAUUGCUGACACGGGACUGCGCAUGCUCAUCCGAUCGCUGAUUUACCAGUAGAUAGCUGAACGAAAAGAGAGUGAGUGUGCUUUGAGAGGUCAUUUUCCGUUUGGCGCGGUAGCACCCAAGUACUGACUACCUUCUGUGCCGAAAACUUGCCAAAGAAAAUUUCAGAAUUGAUCUUUGUGAACCAACUUUUCGCUGAUUUCUGUUGGAUAGAACAACACAAACUGACUACUGAUUCGAAAACCAGUAAAGGAACGAAGAAAGAGGAUGAAAGCGAUAGCGUACGCUUUGCUCGUCGCUGUGUAUAUUUUGCGAGCCAGGUGCGAAGAGCAAUGUUCGUUACCUGCUGAUUGCUUCACCAAGUGGGAGGAAGUGUGCGGAGAAUUGUUCCCCAGCAGCUUGUGCAAUGUGAUGUGCCCUAAGGGAUGCAAUCUGGGAGAAAGAAUCAGGGGUACGGGGACCUACACUGGCGACUCUGCCAUCUGCCGAGCCUAUGUACACGCCACAGGCACCGAUGGUGGUUUUGUCGCAGCUAUGGGUACGGAGGACAAACGUUUUUUCAUUGGAAGCUCACUGAACGGGAUCAGCUCAGAAUCCACCGGAGCCAGAUCGACGUCCUUUGCCUUUCUGGAGGAAGAGAAUGAAUGCGGUGGCUGUCAACUUGGAGAAAUCUGCACCGACGUCGGGGAUGGCAAAAAGGCGUGUGUACUUCCGCUUGACUGCAAUGCGAAUUGGGACAACUCUUGUGAGGAUUACAACAGGAACGGAACAUGCCUUGUGAUGUGUCCAGCCGGGUGUACGAGAGGUAGUUCGGUGUGGGGGACUGAUAUAUACCGCACUGCAUCUUCUAUUUGCCGUGCAGCCGUUCACUCCAAUGCCGAUCUCGCCAAGGGUGGAAUCGUCACCGUCGUCGCUCAGGGAGAACAGGCUUCACUAGCUGGAACACACAGGAACGGUGUUGGUACUAUGGGUCAUUACGGUGACAUAGAUCAAAGCUUCAGCAUCGCGCGUUCUUCUGAGGCCUGCGGAGGAUGUGAGGCGUUCGAGACCUGUCAGGAUCUUGGUGAUGGUCAGUUUGGCUGUGUCCUGUCCUUGGACUGCAGACAGACGUGGGAGGACAGCUGUAAAGUACGCUACGGCCAGGAAAAGUGCAGAGUAUUAUGCCCUGAGGGUUGUAAAAACGGAGGAGGAAUUUAUGGCUCUGAUAUCUACACAAGCAACUCGGCAGUUUGUCGUGCUGCGGCGCACGCCAUUCCAGACAUGAAAAAUGGCGGCGUUGUCAAUGUACUCAGUCAAGGACAACAACAAGGCUUCGCCGGCACCGUCAGGAACGAAAUUGGUUCAGGAGCGUAUUACAAGCCGAAACCGGAGACCUUCAGUUUCGUGGAGACCACCAGCGCAUGCGCAACUGCAGGCACACCCUGUGGCCCUGAACAAACCUGCCAAGAUGUCGGUGACGGAAAACUGGGCUGUGUGUUGCAGCUGGACUGCAGAAUAUACUGGGGCAUAACGUGUAAAUCUCACUAUGGCGACGGUCCCUGCAGAGUCAUUUGCCCUUCCGGAUGUAAAAGCGGAGGAGGUGUAUGGGGAACUGACAUUUAUAGCAAUGUGUCCGCCGUGUGUCGUGCUGCUGUCCAUGCAGUACCUGAUCUCAAUGAAGGAGGCGUGGUAACAGCACUUCCUCAGGGAGAACAGGUGCACUUUGCCUCCACUGUCAGAAAUGAAGUGACCACAGGAAGGAUGUUCAAGCGUUGGCCAGAAACUUUCAGCUUCGCGGAAGCCACCAGCGCUUGCAAGGAGGCCGGACUCAAUUGCGAACCUCACCAAACCUGUCACGUACACGAGGAUGGGAAAAAGAGCUGUGUCAUGGCCGUCGACUGCUACUCCCGUUGGUCGGACACUUGCAAAUUUCAGCAUGGAGAGGAUAACUGCAGAGUUCAGUGUCCAGCUGGGUGUUUCAAAGGAGGCUCGGUCCACGGAAGUGACGUCUACACCAAUACCUCGGCAGUGUGUAGGGCAGCUGUCCAUGCGAUCUCAGGAAUGAAAUCUGGGGGUCUUGUCACGGCAACGGCUCAAGGAGGACGGCUCACUUUCCCUGGCUCUGUUAGAAACGACGUCAGUUCCGGAAACUUCCACAGAAAAUGGGAUGAAUCCUUCGCUUUCGUGGAGACAACUAGCGCUUGCGCAGCUGCCGGCUUGACAUGCGCCCCUCACGAGACGUGUGUUGAAAUGGGAGAGAAAGAACCUCCAGUGUGCGCCAUGCAGUUAGAUUGUUGGGUGAAAUGGGCUGAUACCUGCAAACAUCUUUACGGCGAUAAACCUUGCCCAGUGAAAUGUCCCUCAGGAUGCACACGCGGCGGAGGCGUUUGGGGAACGGAUGUUUAUCACAAUAAUUCUGCUGUCUGCCGUGCUGCCAUACAUGCAAUCGCGGACAUGAAAGAAGGCGGUGUUGUGACCGCACUUCCUCAAGGCGAACAACUUUAUUUGUCCGGGAUGGCUAAAAAUGGCGUUAGCUCUGGGAGGUUCCAUAGAAGAUGGCCCGAAACCUUCAGUUUUGCCGAAACCGCGAGCGCCUGUGACGCUGCCGGUAUUAAGUGCGAACCUUUCCAGACCUGUGCUGAAGACAAAGACGGCAAACUGGGCUGCGCUAUGCAGCUAGAUUGUUAUGCCAAGUGGACAGACACCUGCAAGUAUCACUUCGGACAAGGAGAAUGCAAGGUGUUGUGCCAAGCUGGGUGCUCCAGAGGCGGUGGCAUAUAUGGAGCAGAUGUGUACCACAAUGGAUCAGCUGUUUGCCGGGCCGCAGUGCACGCCAUUGCCAGCCAGAACGAGGGCGGCGUAGUGACGGCGGUGCCCCAAGGGGCGACAAACUACCUCGCUGGCCUAGUUAGAAAUGGCGCCGGCUCUGGAAGAAAUCACAGAGGAUGGGGAGAAACCUUCCGUUUCCUGGAGACCACCAGCGCAUGCGCAGAGGCUGGCCUCAAAUGCGAGCCUUUCCAAACUUGCGCCGAUGUCGGAGACGGAAAACUUGCCUGUGCCUUGGCAACUGAUUGUUACAGUAAUUGGGGCCAGAUCUGUGAACAUAAUUUUGGAGCUGAAGCUUGCAAGGUGAUGUGCCCAGAGGGUUGUAGUCGUGGAGGAGGUGUGGUCGGCGCCGACGUUUACUUUAACACCUCGUCCGUUUGCCGAGCUGCUGUCCAUGCUAUCUCUACCAUGUCAGAAGGCGGCGUCGUAACAGCUCUGCCUCAAGGUGAACAACUCAACUUCCCAGGGAUAGAGAGAAAUGGCGUCGGCUCAGGCGGAUAUCAUCGACGUUGGCCCAAGUCGUUCAGCUUUGCCGAGGCGGGCAAGGCAUGCGCUGAUGCUGGAAUCAAGUGCGCACCCUACCAGUCCUGUGUGGAGGUUAGCGAGGGGAAGUUGGGCUGUGUGAUUGCUCUGGAUUGCCACGUCCGCUGGGCCGAAACCUGUAAACACCGUUUUGGAGAUGAGCCGUGCAGUGUGCAGUGUCGCCCGGGUUGUGCACGUGGCGGUAGCGUCUGGGGAUCUGCAAUGUACCAUAAUCAUUCCUCCGUUUGCCGGGCUGCUGUCCACAGCAUAGGGAGCAUCCAAAAUGGCGGCGUUGUAACGGCGCUUUCUCAAGGAGAACAACUUACUUUUGCUGGCACUGUGAGGAAUGGAGUUUCCUCUGGAGGAUACCAUAGGCGUCAUGCAGAAUCAUUCAGCUUUGCCGAGGCCAAUGACGCAUGCGCCGCUGCCGGUAUUAAGUGUGAGCCAUACCAGACCUGUGUUAACGUCACUGAGGGCCAGUUGGGAUGCGCUCUGGACCUUGAUUGCCACGUAAAAUGGGCCGACACAUGUAAACAUCGAUUUGGGAACGACGAAUGCAAGGUGCAGUGUCGGUCGGGUUGUGCACGUGGCGGUGGCGUCUGGGGUUCUGCAAUGUACCAUAAUAAUUCCGCCGUUUGCCGGGCUGCUGUUCACAGCAUGGGGGGCAUCCAAAAAGGCGGCGUUGUAACGGCGCUUUCUCAAGGCGAACAACGUGCGUUUUCUGGAACUGUGAGGAAUGGAGUUUCUACUGGAGGAUACCAUAGGCGUUAUCCAGAAUCAUUCAGCUUUGCCGAGGCCAACGACGAAUGCGCCGCUGCCGGCAUUAAGUGUGAACCAUACCAGACCUGUGUUAACGUCACUGAGGGACAGUUGGGAUGCGCUCUGGACCUGGAUUGCUACAUUAAGUGGGCCGACACAUGCGAACAUCGAUUUGGUAACGAUGAGUGCAAAGUGAAUUGCCGAGCAGGAUGUGCGCGUGGAGGAAGCAUUUGGGGAACGGACAUUUACCACAAUAAUUCUGCCGUCUGCCGAGCAGCAGCCCACGCCAUACAGGAAGUAUCCGAAGGAGGGGUAGUGACAGCGAAAGGCGAAGGCAAUCAAGUCUCGUUUGCAGGAACCGUCAGAAACUCUAUCACUUCACACGGGUUCCACCGAUCUUGGCCCUCGGCAUUCAGUUUCGUUGAGACCACGGCUGGAUGUGAAGGUUGUGAGUCCUUCCAGACGUGUAAAGACCUCGGUGGCGGUAACAUGGGUUGUGUUUACGAGCUGGACUGCUACUCACAUUGGUCAAAGACUUGUAAGCAUCGUUUUGGCACAGAACCUUGCAGAGUCUGGUGUCGAAGUGGAUGCACUCGUGGUAGCAGGGUAUAUGGUACUGACUUUUAUGCUCCGUAUUCUGGCAUCUGUCCAGCUGGUCGUCAUGUGAACGGGCAAGAUGGUGGUCUGGUAACGUUCGUAGCUGGAGAAGAGAAAUCCUCCCUUACAGGUUCAGCAAGGAAUGGAAUAACAUCAUAUAAUGCCGGUGCUCAAGAAGAAACCUUCAUUGUACAAGUAGUGGCGAAGUAGACACAGCACCUGUGUCUCUUUAAUUGGGAAUAAAACACGGCAUACAGCUAUUUUCCAAAGUAGAUUUUUUCUGGGAAUUUUAACCAAAGGGCAACUUGUUAGAAGUAAUGAAAUAUCUUGUCUGUCUUGCUCAUAAUUUUGAAUGGAGUUCUUAGUUAGUGAGAACUUAAUUGGGAAGAUAACAAUUCAAAGAUGUAAGUUAAAGUUUCAGUGAAAUUUUGGUCAUUGCUUAUCUUGAAGUCAAUGUAAAACGGAACAUUACAAAAGAAGUGCACAUUAGUUAUGGACAAAUUCUGUCAUUUUUCAUUGUAGUUUUGACCUACAAGUUUUUAUGGAAAAUGUCUCUAUUUUGAGUAAGCAAGUCAAACUUAUAGUAUAUUUUCUUAGUAUAUUUUCUUCUUAUGACGAUGACAUGCUAUUAUAUUUUUUUCUUUUAACGACGAACUUCCUUCAGAUUAUUGUGACAUUUUAUGAUAUUAUAAAUAAAGUACAUUUCUGCUGAAAAAAACACUUUUACUGCAUGACAUGCUAGAAACAAUAAAAGCCCUGUUGUACACUUUUA